AUGAGACAGAAGUCAAGGGCCACAUGGAUCAAUCUAAGGGACUGCAACACUAAGUACUUUCAUGCUUAUAUGAGAGCCAGACAAGCAAGAAACAAGGUUAAUUGCAUCUAUAAUGAACAGCAGAUCAAGGUCUCUGAGCCCAAACAAUUACAGAAGGAGUUUACUCAGUUCUUUCAACAAUUACUGGGUACAGCAGUAGAUGAACUACUAGGCAUUGAUAUUAAUAUAGUAAGAAAUGGCCCAUGUCUAACCAUGACUCAGCAGCAACAACUUUUACAGCCUGUAACACCAGAGGAAAUAAGUCAGAUUAUGCAAAGUCUUCCAAGUGACAAGGCACCUGGUAUUGAUAGAUAUCCUGCUGAAUUCUUUAGGCAAUUUCGGCCAAUUAUUGGAGGGGAGGUCACAGAAGCAAAUCCUACUUAUGUGAAGGAGUUUAGGCCUAUUGCUUGUUGUUCUACACUGUACAAGAUCAUUGCUAAGGUACUUAUAACUAGACUUAAACUAGUUGUGGAUCUACUGGUGGGGCCUAUACAAACUGCCUUCAUAGAAGGUAGAAACAUCCUUGACAAUGUUAUAAUGGCACAUGAGCUGAUUAAGGGUUACACUCAAAAAGCAGUCUCUCCUAGAUGCAUGAUCAAGAUUCGAAGCAAAGAAGGGGUUAAGGCAGGGAGACCCAAUGUCUCUAUACUUGUUUGUUACAAGUUCUACACAUCUGCUUUUGCUGAUGAUAUACUGAUGUGCUGUAGAGCAGAUGAAGUAUCCAUGAAGCUAAUGAUGGAAGCUUUUGAACACUUCUCUGUUGUUUCUGGGCUGAAAGCAAAUUUGGAAAAGAGUUCAUUAUACAUAGCGGGGGUGCCUAUGGAAUUCAAAGAUAAAAUGCUAACUGAGUUACACUUAACAUUGGGAACUCUGCCAUUCAAGUACCUUGGAGUUCCUCUGUCCACAAGGAAGCUCACUAUCCAUCAAUGCAUGCCACUAGUUGAGAAGAUUGUUGAUAGGAUCAGAAGCUGGACUUCAAAAUUCCUUUCCUAUGCUGGAAGAUUACAGCUCAUUAAGAGUGUCCUAUUUGAAAUGCAGACCUAUUGGGCACAGGUAUUCCUCAUUCCAAAGAAAGUCAUUAAGCUUGUUAAUAACAUCUGUAGGAGCUACUUAUGGACUGGAGUACAUGACAAUGCUCAUAGAGCUCCUGUUGCUUGGGAAACACUGCGUAAACCAAGAGCUACUGGGGGUCUAAAUAUUAUCAAUUAUGAGAUAUGGAAUAAGACUGCUUUGACUAAACUCCUAUGGGCUAUAAUGGCAAAGAAGGAUAAGUAA